AACAGGUCACAUCUCGUUCCAUUUCCCGAGCGGCUUCUUCAUGGAUCCCCGCGACGACCAGCUGCAGGAAGAAGCAUCCCCUCUUCUCCCCUCGAUCGAAUCCCUCAAUCCUCUGCUUCCAGCCUCCAUCGGAUUAGGGUUCGUCCUCGCAUCGCUGGUCCUCGUCCGAUCGCAGUCCCUCAAACCCGUAUCCACUGCCAUAAAGCUCGCCGACAGCGCCAUCAAGGGCACCCAGGUGCUUUCCUCCUCUUCGCCCAAGUCGCUCCUUCUCGCCACCAAGGCCAUCGUCAAGGGGUACAGGGCAACCAAGCGGUUCGUCCCCGUGGGAUUCGACCCCAAGCUUCCGCCCGCGUCAAGGGCUAAACUCAAGGCUUGCCUCGGCGCCGCCAGUUUGCUCAAGCACACCAGAUCCCUGCUCCUCGCUGGUGGAUCUCUGGGGGUAGGGUUUCUUAAAGGCGGAUACAACAUCUCGAAGAACUGUGUUAAGGUUCUCGAAGGAUUCAUCGGUCUUCAAUUGAAUUCAGCGGUCAGGGAGGGCAUCGAUGCGCUGGGCUUGGCUGUUAGGGUUGCCACUGUGGGAAAGGAGAUCAAACGCUUGCUUUUGAUUGAGUGGCAGAAGAGGACACAAAUUGAAUGCUUGAUUCUUGGAGGAGACUCGAGACCUGGGGUUCGAUUGAGUUACAAAAGAUUCAAUUUUGAUCGAUUUCACAUAAUUGGUGGCGAUUUUGGCGCUCAGAAUUUUCCAUUCAUGGGGAAAACUCCGUUCGAUGAAAUGGAUUUAGAGAUGCAUCUCUCUGAGCUGCUUUGCAUGUCAAUUCCGGUACAUGAGAAUAAAAAAGGAAGAGAUUGUUGGUGCGGGAAACAUCAAACGAUCGAACCUGGGUUUUGAUAAUGACAAAUGGUUCAAGUUAAGGUUUUUUGUUGUCUGACAAGUUUGAAUGAGACUACAGGAAAGUCUUAAGUGUUUUUAGGCAAAAAUCCUAGCUGCAGUUAGACAGGUGGAAAACCCUAGGUCCUCGGGGGUGGUAACCCUAGGUGGAAAGUCUUGACGGGUUGAGCGCUUCAGACAAAAUCCUAUACUCAGGGACUCUAGGUUGAAAUCCCGGUGAUCAUGGAUCGGAUGGAAGUCUAAUCAGGUCGUGGAGCGGACGUCCAACAUAAAGAUCGAAAGCCUCGGGCGUUAAAUAAAAGUGCAGUUGGUCUGAAGGAUCAGUCUGACAACAUGUAAAUUCUCCUAAGAGGAGUAGAUGAGGACGUGUUCCUGGUGAGGGAACAGUAGGCGUCGAUUCGACCUAAGGUUUCCGGAGAUGAAACUCGAAGUCAGAACCGGACAGUCCGGAGACUGUCAAAAUAACUUAUUAUUUCAUAUUUUAUUGUGCUAACUCUAUUUUGCAGGAUAUGUUUUGUAUUUUGGACUAAUGCAUCUUGCAGGGAGAGAAAAAAACUUAAAAACCUCGGAUGAACAGCUCCUGAGGCGUAUUCCAUGGAGCUUGGAGGCGCUUCGGGUGCCUUAGUCGAAAGCCUCGUGCAGCAAGACGCGAAGGCACCUUCCAAGGAGAUGGAAGACGCCUUGAACGCUGGAUGGAGGGCGUCCUUCAUGGAAUUUGGAGGUGCCUUCGGGUGGAUAAGCGGCGCAGGCAACGAAGCUUAUCAGCACCGCGGAAAUGGAGAUAGAACCUUAGCUGAAGGCGCCUCCUAUGGAGGUUGGAGGCGCCCUCAAUGACUUACUUAAGCCUAGUUCGAGUAGAGGCAAAGGACAAAAAAAAAGUUAGCAAUCUUUCUUCCGUGUGCUGCUAACAAAAUGAGCCGGUAAAGUCAUAACACUACUUCGACAACCAGAAGCUCUCAAUUUCAAACAUCAUUGUUAUCAUCAUUGUUAUCGGUAUAAUAUUUGGUAGCACUUUAAUUCUUAUACUCUGU